UACAGCCGCUAGGGCAAAUAAACCCCCAAAGCAGCGGCUGCAACAAAAAGGCAUUUGUUUUUUCUUUUUUUUUCCCCUUUCUUUUUUUUUCUCUCCUUCCUCCUUCUCCCUCUUCUCCUCUUUUCCUCCUCCCUCUCCCGUGCAAACGCAGCAAGGUGGACUCGGAGCGCAAAAAGAGCUUUGUUUUAAAAAUGCCCAUGGAGCUGACGCAAAGCCGCAUCCAGAAGAUUUGGCUGCCCAACGACAACCGGCCGGCUCUGCCCCGCCGCUCCUGUGGGCCACAGCUUGCCAAUUCACCCACUGUGAUAGUGAUGGUUGGCCUCCCAGCCCGUGGGAAGACCUACAUCUCCAAGAAGUUGACUCGCUACCUCAACUGGAUUGGUGUCCCUACGAAAGUUUUCAAUGUGGGAGAAUAUCGCCGCGAGGCAGUGAAGCAUUACAGCUCCUACGACUUCUUCCGCCCUGACAACGAGGAGGCCAUGAAAGUCAGGAGGCAAUGUGCCCUAGCUGCCUUGCGAGAUGUCAAGCUGUACCUGACUGAGGAGGCUGGCCAGAUUGCGGUUUUUGAUGCUACCAAUACAACACGAGAGAGGCGAGGGAUGAUCUUAAACUUUGCCAAAGAAAAUGGAUUCAAGGUGUUCUUCAUUGAGUCAGUCUGCAAUGAUCCCACUGUGGUAGCUACCAAUGUUAUGGAAGUGAAGUUGUCCAGCCCUGAUUACCGGGAUUGUAAUUCGACCGAUGCCAUGGAGGACUUUAUGAAAAGAAUCAAUUGUUACCAGGCCAGCUACCAGCCACUUGACCCGGAUGACUAUGAUCGGGAACUUUCUCUCAUCAAAGUCAUUGAUGUUGGCCGGCGGUUCCUGGUCAACAGGGUUCAGGAUCACAUCCAGAGCAGGAUUGUUUACUACUUAAUGAACAUCCAUGUCCAGCCUCGCACCAUUUAUCUCUGUCGGCAUGGUGAGAGCGAGUUCAACCUCAAGGGGAAGAUUGGAGGUGACUCGGGGCUUUCUAACAGGGGCAAAAAGUUUGCAUUGGCACUGAACAAGUUUGUUGAGGAGCAGAACCUAAAGGAUCUCAAAAUCUGGACCAGCCAACUAAAGAGGACAAUACAAACGGCAGAAGCUCUCCAGCUGCCUUACGAGCAGUGGAAGGCACUCAAUGAAAUAGACGCUGGUGUAUGUGAAGAAAUGACGUAUGAAGAGAUCAAGGAGCAGUAUCUGGAGGAAUUUGUUUUACGUGAUCAGGAUAAAUACUAUUACCGCUAUCCUUCUGGGGAGUCUUACCAAGAUCUAGUGCAGCGUCUAGAGCCAGUCAUCAUGGAGCUGGAGAGACAAGAGAAUGUCCUUGUGAUCUGUCACCAGGCUGUUAUGCGCUGUCUCCUGGCUUACUUCCUCGACAAGAGUGCAGAUGAAAUGCCCUACCUGAAAUGUCCCCUUCACACAGUGUUGAAGCUGACUCCGGUAGCCUAUGGCUGCCGGGUGGAAUCCAUCUUUCUGAAUGUUGAAGCAGUGAACACCCAUAGGGAACGGUCAGAGGAAGCAAAGAAGGGACCUAACCCGCUCAUGAGACGUAAUAGCGUUACCCCUCUAGCAAGCCCAGAGCCCACCAAAAAACCUCGCAUCAACAGCUUUGAGGAGCAUGUGGCUGUUUCUUCCGCCCUGCCAGGCUGUGUUCCUCAGGAAGUGCCCUCGCAGCUGCCGGGACAAAACAUGAACAACUCUCAGAAGCCGUCGUGACUCGGUCGGCGUGGUCCUGAGCCCACCAGCGACGCCGGCUCCUAUCCCAUCGUCAUUUCUGCAGCUUGCUUGUAAUCCGCUCUCCUCGGCCUGCGGCUGCUUCCACCCCCGAACCUGUUCACCUGCGAGCCGCUCCAUCGAGCAGGGACACCACCGAGCAACUGGGAGGAGGAGGAGGAGGAGCCCCUGGGGCAAAGGUGGUUUCACCACCCCGAAUCCGGAGGCUGCGGCUCUGUGCCGCUCUCCUCUCCGGCGCGCUGGUCUGUCGUAGCAAGCUGUAAAGUGCUUCUCGUGCACGGGAGGUUUCCAGAUUUAAUUUUCAUGCGUAGGCAAUUUUUUUUAAUCUACUUUUGUAUAGACGAUUGGUACUGAUCCAUCUUGUGGUGGAGUGUAUAUACAUGAAUGAUAUGGGGUUAGUAGAGAGAUGGGGUUGGGGGGGACAAAGGGGCUUUUAAUUUUUUUUCUAUUAUUAUUAUUACUACUACUACUACUGGUGGUAUUAUUAUUUUUUCAUGAAGGCCCCUAACGCACUGUGCUGCUGUCCUUCACGCUGCAGCCUGUCGCAUGCACACGUCUGGUCUCACCGAGCACGCGAGAUGCACGCAAAGAGGGCAACAGGCCAUUGCAUGAAGUCCUUCAAGGCAAAAACUGCUACUUUUAACCAAAAAAAAAA